CUAUUGGCAUGGUCGCGCUGACAAGCAGCGUCUUCCCAAGACGCCGGGAGCUUCUUGGGUCGAAUUGGGUUGCGGAGAGGCGUUGCACAGGGACGCAGCGCUGUCUUAAGGCGAUGCCGCCCCGCCACCCGUGCGUGAGCUUGUGUUCCUUUGCUUUGUGUGCCCAGCUCGCUGUCGCCAUCUCGCGGACGUUCCAGCAUACCUAGGACUGCGCUGCGUUGCGUUGGUUGCGAUAAUCCUACAUCGGACGAAAGGACCCCUCCUACGCACACGGAGUGUCCAAGCAAGAGACAGGACACUGAGAGCAAGGCUGAGGUCGAGAGCUGAAAACACCGACUGCCACCAUGUUUCGUUUCGCACAGCUUGUUUCGCUCGCCGCAUGCGCGUCGCUCGCCGCCGCGCACACCGUCAUCGUCUAUCCAGGCUGGAGAGGCAACAACAUCCACACCAACGGCACCGUCUCCCAGACGGACGCGAGCAUAAAACCAGGCAGUCUGGGCAUCAACUACGAGGGUAACGGUACCUAUGGCUUCCCCUAUGGAAUGCAGUGGAUGUAUCCAUGCGGAGGCAUGCCCAUGUCCACCAAUCGUACGAAAUGGCCCAUCUCUGGCGGCGCCGUCAGCCUGCAGCCCGGAUGGUUCCCCGGCCACUCCGUCGCGCAAUUCUAUAUCAACAUGGGCUACGGCAACGAGCCGCUGAAUUACAGCCACGUCGCGGUGCCCGUCUUCAGCAUCACGGGUCCCUCGAACGUGCAGUACAACGGCACCUUCUGCCUGCCGCAGAUUCCGCUACCGGCGAACUACACGCCCAAGGUUGGCGACAAUGCAACAAUUCAGGUCAUCGAGCUCGCGCAGCACGGGGCGAGUCUGUAUAACUGCGCAGACAUCACCUUCGCGGAAGACGGCGACCCAGAGAUCCCCAACGUCAACAAGACAAACUGCUUCAACUCAACCCAGCCUGACGAACACAUCGGCUUCCAGAUGGUCUACACGACCACCCCCGGCGCCGCGCCGCUGAGCAUCCAGUUCAACCCGUAUGUCUCGCUGCUCGCGCCGCUAGUGCUGGUGGUUGCGACCUGGGUGACGUGGUUAUAAGCGUAACGCUGUGGGGUUUGCGUAUAUUUGAUUUUGGGAUGCGGCUUGGGAUGAGGAGUUUUAGCGGGCGUUUGGGCGCGAGAUAUCCAUGCACUACUUUGUGUACAUCAUUCAUUGUUUUUCAAGGGGAGGUUCGGUGAGGCACGCUGCGAGACGUGCGGAGAAGUAGAGAGCUGGGGAAGAGUGGACGCCGGACUUGCACGCACCGCUGCAAGCUGUAUACGCUGGGGUUUAAGAUGGUGAGAUGGCGGAUGCGAGGGUGAUACACCUCGAGCUGUGAUACUGAGUAAUGCAAGACGUUCAUACAAGUACACGCCGCAUCUGAAGCUAUGCCUGCGUACAUGAAGAGGAGGGUUCGUGUGCCAAUGACACUGCAACGAGA